UUCUACUGAUAAAAAUGUCAACAUGUCAAUUUUGGCAACAAAAGCAAGUUAUUAUCAAUAGUUUGUGUUUGAUGCUUGAUAUGAAAGUCGAAACAUAACGUGCCUAUAAAUGUUCAAAUAUAUAUCGUUUUAGAAUGGUAAAAUAAACGAUGGUGAUGAAAUAUGCGUGAAAUGUUUAUUUAAGUGUUAUGACAUUCGGAUACGUUUCGUACAAAAUAUGUGUAACAAUAUUUCCAGUUUAAUGAUGAAGAGUGACAUCAUCGGGGAGCUCUACAAGCAAAGAGGGUACAUACUAUAGAGCAAGACAUAUUCGACGGACAAGUAAAGAAAAUGAGAGAUUUCGGUCAUUUAUUAAAUCAAAAAUUAAACUUUAGAUAAAUAACUCUAAAAUUUGUAAAAAAAACAACUAUGGAUGGAUUAAAUUUGGACACAGUUGAAUGCAAUCCAGAUAAAUCUAUUGAGAGGACAAAUGAAUCUUGUCAUCAAGAUCUUCUUAUAGUUGAGGAUAGUUCUAUUGCUAAUCUAGAUAAUUUAGGGGAAGAAUAUUUCCUCUCGAGGAACGUUUACCUUGCCAAGUCCAAACAAGGUGAUUUGUUCUGUGAAAAUAGUUGCAAUAAAGUACCUAGUCAACUUCCUGGUUCAUUUCAAACUGACAAUGUCUGCAUAGAUGCAUUUACUCCAGUGGAGGAAAUGGUAACAAAUGCUAUUCCAUUACAUGACAACAACAUUGUCAAUGGUGAUUGCUUCACAUUAACAGAGAUAGUACCUGGACAUGAUAGUGCUCAUAUUGUUGAAGAUUUUGUUUCUGAUAAAAUGGGUUUAUUGUCAAGUGAUUUUCAAGCUAAGAAUGCUAUUUGUUAUAAAAGUUCUGAAUCUGCUCCAGAUAUUGAUGAUGAUAAUGAUAGUGCUAAGUUUCCGAUUCAGGCAAAUAUGGGACCAGAUUGUAAGUGUUUGUCGGGUGAUAUUAGUGACAUUGAUAGAAGUUCACAUGAAAAUGAACAAGUAGCUAUUGAUAAUAAAGAUAAACUGGCAUUUGAGGAUCAAAAUGGCUUUGGAGAGAUGCUGCUUAACACUCCAUGUAACUUUUCUGAUAUUUAUUCUAAUGACACUGAACAUGGAAACCCAAUUGAAUCAUUGCAAAUACCAUUCUUUGACCAUAUAGAUUAUGAAUCUGAUCACAUUGCUGAAGAAGAAUUUCCCAUUGACAAUCUUAAUAGUAUCUCACAGAUACCUAAUUUUGAGUUAUUACAGCUUGAAGCCCAUGAAACUGUUAAUUGUUCUGGGUAUGAAGACUUAAAUGUGAUAGAGCUGUUGAAAGAAGUUAAGUAUGACCUUACAAGAAGAUUUAGAAAUGAUGAGAGUGAUGAUUUAGGAGUAACAGCUUUGUUUGAUGAGCCACAAACAAGUGUUAAUAAUUCUUGUACAGGUGUUAAAAGCAAAUCUGCUAGGAAACGAAAGAAACAACUGUUGAAACUUAAGAAACCACCAGUUGCAAGUCCAGCAUCUGAAAAUGUGAAGAGAAAGUUUGCUCAAUCAUUUCAGGAAUUACAGAGUGCUAGACUGGAAUUUCAUGACUAUAACAUUGAUUCUAAGUACACAUGUCCUGUGUGUCUAGAAAUGUACCACAUGCCAAGCAUUUGCAACCCGUGCAGUCACGUGUUUUGUGAUCCAUGUCUACGCAGAAUGACCAGUCAAGGAUAUGAGGGCAUUCCCUGUCCACUUUGUCGGACGGUGAUUUCUUCCUGCCAGCUAGAUAAUGGUGAAUAA